CGGUCCCGCGGCCGCAUGAGCCGCGCGCGGGGGGUGCUGUGCCGGGCCUGCCUCGCGCUGGCCGCGGCCUUGGCCGCACUGCUGCUGUUGCCGCUGCCUCGCGCGCCCGUCCCGGCCCCGGCCUCAACCCCCGGCUCGCGCGCACCCCGUACCCGCGCCGCCGCCCCCCGCCUGCGGCCGGACGACGUCUUCAUCGCAGUCAAGACCACCCGGAAGAACCACGGGCCGCGCCUGGGGCUGCUGUUACGCACCUGGAUUUCCCGGGCCCGCCGGCAGACGUUCAUCUUCACCGACGGGGAUGACCCUGAGCUACAGCUUCAGGGAGGCAGUCACGUCAUCAACACCAACUGCUCGGCUGUGCACACCCGCCAGGCGCUGUGCUGCAAGAUGUCAGUGGAGUAUGACAAGUUCAUCGAGUCUGGACGCAAGUGGUUCUGCCAUGUGGAUGAUGACAACUACGUGAACCCCGAAGGCCUGUUGCAGCUGCUCUCCGCCUUCUCACCCAGCCAAGACGUCUACCUGGGGCGGCCCAGCCUAGACCACCCCAUCGAGGCUACUGAGAGGGUGACCACUGUUAAGUUCUGGUUCGCUACCGGUGGGGCUGGGUUCUGCCUGAGCAGAGGCCUUGCCCUCAAGAUGAGCCCAUGGGCCAGCCUGGGGAGCUUCAUGAGCACAGCCGAGCGGGUGCGGCUGCCGGAUGACUGCACGGUGGGCUACAUCGUGGAGGGCCUGCUGGGUGCUCGCCUGCUGCACACCUCCCUGUUCCACUCCCACCUGGAAAACCUGCAGAGGCUGCCGCCUGACGCCGUGCUCCAGCAAGUCACCUUGAGCUAUGGGGGUCCUGAGAACCCACAUAAUGUGGUGAGCGUGGCUGGGGGCUUCAGCCUGCAGCAGGACCCCACACGGUUUAAGUCCGUCCACUGCCUGCUCUACCCAGACACAGACUGGUGUCCUGUGCAAAAGCAGGGUGACCUCGCCUCACGGUGACCCUCGACUCCUGACCCAGGGGGUGGCUCUGGCUCUGCCCCAGGUGCAGGUGGGCCAUGCUUGCCCAAAAGAACAGGAACGGUGCUGCCCCCUCCUGGCCUCGGUUGGCUUCCUCAGGCAGCAACGGUCACAGCCAUGGUUACAUCAGGGGGGCGAUGUGGUGCUCAGCAGACACUCGGGCUGGCCUGCAGGCCUCCUUCACAGCCCCUGGGCAGGCCUGUGGGACCCGGUGCUGUGGGAGAGUGAGGACAGCGCUGCCUGCCCUGCCCUGCCAAGGGAUUUAGCCUCUGUAGGGUGCAGCCUACCCCAGAAAAAGCAGGAAGGGGACGCGCUGCCCCCUCCUCCCAGCCCAGCUCUGCUCUGGAGGCUUGCUCCCGUGGGAAAGGUCUCUACGCUAGGGUCUGGGGGCUUGGGAGGACACUGGCAUCCGGCUCCCAGGGCUCUGUGCUGCCCUCCUCACCGUGCUGGAGAGGGGGCUCCAGGAAGACUAGGUCCUGAGGCCAGGGUUGUGCAGGAGCCUUUAGCCAACCGUAGUUGACUGCAGAGGCUUUCCAGGCCUUGCAGGGGAGGCUGCUCUCCCCACACCAGGCUUGGUGCCCAGCCAGGGUAUUAAGGUCUCUGAGGAUAGCUGCAUUCAAGGACUCAGGCUCCCCAGCCAGCUGUG